AUGGAAAGAACUGAGGUGUCUUCUGUACAUGGGCCAGCUGCCCACAAUGAGAGUAAUACUUGUGUACCUUCAUUGAUUGAAAAUUUAUACUCCCUUAAUCUCCAAUCCUUACCACAGCUUGCUCCUGAGACGAAGGCUGUCAUCCACUGGAUUAUGGAUAUUCCCUUUGUGCUCUCUGCCAAUCUCCACGGAGGGGACCUGGUGGCCAAUUACCCAUAUGAUGAGACGCGGAGCGGCAGUGCUCAUGAAUAUAGCUCCUGCCCAGACGACGCCGUUUUCCAGAACUUGGCUCGGGCAUACUCUGCUUACAACCCUGCCAUGUCGGAUCCCAACCGGCCGCCCUGUCGCAAGAAUGACGACGACAGCAUCUUUGUGGAUGGGACAACCAAUGGUGGGGCUUGGUACAGCGUGCCUGGGGGAAUGCAAGACUUCAACUACCUGAGCAGCAACUGUUUUGAGAUCACGGUGGAGCUUAGCUGUGAAAAGUUCCCCCCAGAAGAGACCCUGAAGAGCUACUGGGAGGAUAACAAAAACUCCCUCAUUAAUUACCUUGAGCAGAUACAUCGAGGAGUGAAAGGAUUCGUCCGAGACCUGCAGGGUAACCCACUCGCGAACGCCACCGUCUCCGUGGAAGGCAUAGACCACGACGUCACAUCUGCAAAGGACGGCGACUACUGGAGACUUCUUGUACCUGGAAACUAUAAACUCACGGCCUCAGCCCCAGGCUAUCUGGCAAUAACGAAGAAAGUGGCAGUGCCCUACAGCCCUGCGGUGGUGGUCGAUUUUGAACUGGAGUCAUUUUCUCAAAGGAAAGAAGAAGAGAAGGAAGAGUUAAUGGAGUGGUGGAAAAUGAUGUCUGAAACUUUAAAUUUUUAAAAGGCUUCCACUUAGCUGCUUUCAAUCUAUCUAUAUGAUGUAGAACAAUGUAAUGUGGCCACUUUAUUUUAGAUUUUGUGCAGUUACUAUUUCACAUGGAUUUAUUUUUAAUCAUUUAAGUAUUAAUCGAUAUUACUUAAAAUAAAUAGACUCUUAGGUAAAAAUAUAAGAACUUGACUCAUUUCAUUCUCUUAUAUAGCAUUCAUUUCCCUACAUAUAUUAGACAAAAGACUGCAGAAAAGAUCUAAGUAUCCUUGCCAACGUAGGUCCCGAUUCAGUAUUGCAGGUGUUAUUUGUAAUACAAAACUUUUUGGCUAAUUCUAGCUUUUAAAAAUUAGUGAAGUUCUUUUAAUGUAAUCGGUGACAGCGUCACAUAAUGAAUGUCAUUGAAAAAGUCAACAGCUGUACCUUUGGCAUUGUGAGCUCUCUAUCGUAAGAAUUAAAUAGUUCAAUACACAUUGUCAUUUGUCUCUUGUGUUGACUAGCUUCAUAAGCAUGAUCCUGGUAAUGCAUUUUUGAUGGGAAGAAAAUGUACAUCUCUACCAAGAGAUUUUAUGAACACAGUGGAGCUUGACUUGCUUAUAAAUAUGGGGGCAGUGGUGUUAUGUUAAUCAGUCUGUUAACACUACUUCAGAGUUUGGGGUUCUCUGUUGGUUAUAGAUUGGCCCAGAAUUGCAUUCUGAAUGAAUAAAAGUUAAAAAA